AUGAGAAACUUUGCGUUUUGCUGUAGAGCUAGGGUUCAAUUGGGCGUGACUCCUCAGCGUCUUGUGAAAUUCAGAAUACAAGUUCUUCUUCUCCGCAAAGGGGGAUUGUCGGCACCAUACGACACCGUCUCUAUCAUUGGCCUCCAUCCUUCCGUUUUAUCACUUGUCUUCAUAUAUCACCUCUGCGAACCCUCUCAGCUCAUCUCCUUCAACGCGUUCGUGAAAAUGCAAUGGAUGCACACAACUUUCAUCGCGACGGUCAUGGAUGCUGAGACAAAACCUUGGCUCACUUGCCAAAACGACGAACGCUCAACACGAAAUACGUUCUCCUUUCUCCUCUGA